AUGAGGACAUUUCUAGUGGAAGCAGGUCGGGUUGGGAAGUAUAGAGAUUACUACCACAACCUUUUGCUCCACCGAGUUGUUCCGUUUAUUCCCCUUGUACAUGUGCAAAAGAUUCCAUUUGGGAGCAAAAAGCAAAAAGAAAAAGUGGACAAGGAGACGAAAAAACUGCGGAAAUUUUUGAAAAUAUCUGGUGUGAAAAAUGAUGUACCGUUGGAAGAAGCAGAUGAAGUGAAACAGAGUAGAUGGAGUGAACGAAGUGGUCGAACUCAUGGAGAGAAGGACGGACGAGAAACAGAUGCUACGCCGAUGCAGCUAGACUACGAACCAUAUGACACGAAAACACAAGAAAUUGUUAAAGGCUUUGAGAAAAAAAUGAAAAAAAUAUAUGAUAACAAUUUAAGUGUCGACUAUUUUAACAAUAUCGUUAUUUCGAAGGAGAAACAGAAUUAUAAUCUUUCGGAUUUAGCACAGGUUGUUGUGAAGUCAUCCAAGGUGAUAUGCUUCUUCCCUUACAUAAUUAGCGAUGCACAGAAGAUUAUUUACCAUUUGAAAUUGAAGGACAAUACAUGGAACCCUACUAUAUCGAAUGAUGGGCAACACAUUUUCUUGCAUAUCCCUCCACUCACAGAGGAUGUAAAGUUAAAGAAGAGGAAAGAAGCCAAGGAGCUCUUAGAGAAGAUGAAAAACGACUUGCGCAAUUUACGACAUAGGAUGCGUGACGACAUUGCCAAGCUUCUCCAAGGCGAAGAGUGGAGGAUUGUCGAGCGGAACAAAUUGGACGGAUACAUAAAGGGGAAGAUCAAGGCGAUAGAAGAAAUAUACUCCAAAUAUACGGGAGGUGGGGGCUGA